UUUGCUGGUAUCAUUGAAAUUCAUUUUGUUCAGGAUCUUAAGAGAUAUCUUUGGAUUAAUUUGGGGCAUGAUCGAGUUGGCAGAGCCUCUUUUCAAGAAAUUUUAGAGAAAAUUUAGCAAUAUAUGGCGGCUUAAAAGGGUAUGCUUUUCAACAAAGCAAGUAGACUCUAUCUUAUUAAGUUUAUUGUUGCUUCUCUUCCUAUUUAUCAUCUGCAAAUCUAAUUGUUUUUAUCUAGUGUGUGCAACAAAUUGAUUCUAUAAUGAGACAGUUUAUUUGGAAAGGAAAGACUGAGGGACAUUGUCUAAGCUUGCUCGAUUGGAAGAGGGUUAUCAUUCCCAAAAGGUUCGGAGAUCUAGGUGUGAGAGAUACUUACUGUGUAAAUUUUUUUAUUCUGGGUAAGCUUGUGUGGAAACUUUUUAAUUGUCCCGAUAAGUUUUAGGUCUGUAUUAUGUUGUCUAAGUAUCUCUCAGGAACUAUGAAAAGAGUUGGUGAGAUCCCAAAUUCUACUUCUCAUGUUUGGUACAGUAUCCUAAAAUCUCUUCGUAAUUUGAAGGAUGGAUUAAGUGGUGUACAGGUAGUAUGGAUCAGUCUCUCUGAUAUGAUGUUUGGAGACCUAAUGGCAGGCUUUGUGGUGAUAUUCCUUAUGUGCAUAUUUCUAACGCUGAUUUUAUCAUUAAGGAUGUUUGGUAUAAUAAUGCUUGAAAGUUUAAUUGUUUAUCUACUAUUCUUCCUACUUGGUUGUGACAGAAUCUUCACAAGGAUAAUCCUUUGUGGCAACUGGCAACAAGGAAUUAAGGGUCUUGUAGCAACGGAUGCAUGUUCUAGAUGUAAUAGUACUGUUGGGAUUGUUCAAGGGUGUUGGAUGUUUGAAAAAGUCUGCUCUCUCAAUUCAUUAAGAACGAUCGAAGUGGUGAUUUAUGGCAGUGGGUUCAAAGGCAUUCGGGUGAAUAAGACUUCUUUGUGCUGGAAUUUUGGUGCGUUUGAAGGGAUCGUAACAAUGAUAUUUUCAAUUCAGAUAAGUGGUCCACUAAUAAAGUAAUCACUCUCAACAAAAAUUUUACCUCGGAUCUUAAUAGAGUCUCUUUUUUUUU